CACCGUUGUCAUGUAAAAAAAGAAUCAAUAAAUAUUGCUCCUCUCAGUCCAUAAUCCCAUGUGACGCGACUCCAGUACGAAAAAAAGUCCAAAACAAAAAACAAAUAAAUGCUCCCAAUUUUUUCCUUCUUUCCUGAGACUGAGAGAGAGAUUCAGGAGGAGCUCGUAAAACACCAACAGCAUUCCACUAACAACUUCUUUUUUUGUCCCGAUCUCUUCAAUAUAUAUAUAUAUAAAAUUACUCUUCACUUUUUUGGCAGAUUAAAUUCAGCUACUCAGAUAGUUUUGAAUUUCAUUACUUCUUCGCAUUUCCGUUAUAAGAAAGUUUGGAGCAAUCUCAAUUAGAUCGGCUUUGGAAGUGAAGAUGCUCGACGGUAUUCUGAAGAGCGGCUUCAGCUCCAAAUGCAAAUCUCUAAUAAAGGCGAUAAGGACGAGGAUCGAAGUGGUGAGGAAGAGAGCGGAGGCGAAACAGAGGUUUCUCAAGGAGGAUCUCGCCAAGUUGCUUGCUAACGGUCUUGAUAUUAAUGCUUACGGAAGGGUAAUCACCAUUUACAUAUCCACAGUAUUUUGUUGUUUUCCUUUAAUUAUCUUAUUUGAUGGUGAUGCUUUCAUAGAUUGUGAUAUUUUUUUUAUUUUUUAUUUUUGUUUCUUAUGCUUUGUCGUUGCUUCCGUUUCUCUUUCACAUCUGGAAUUGAACUGUUUCAAGUUUCAAAUAUUGUUUUCAGGGAGGAUUGACAUUUGAAAAUUUUCACUUCGAUUUCUUUUUUCAAUCGUUUGAAAUUAAAAUUUGAAUGAGUGCAAUCCGAGCUCUAAUCUGAAUGUUUAGAAAUGAUACCUUUUGUUUAAGAAAUUUCAUUAAAUUAUCCUGGCAACUAGAGAUUCAGAUUGUUUUUCUCGCAAUCUCAGUUCUUCUUCUUCAUUGUUCUUGUACACCAUUCUAUUAUCUUUCUUAAUUGUUAUAGUUCUUGUGUUUUUUAUUUGGUGGGGUGAUUGCAGACUGAAGAAUUCAUAGCUGGACUCAAUCUAUUGUCCUGCUAUGGCUUUAUCGAGUAUUCGUGUGAUUAUAUAGUGAAGCAGCUUUCCAUCAUGCAAAAACAAAGGGAAUGCCCGGAAGAAUUCAGAGAGCCUGUUGCAUCACUAAUGUUUGCUGCGGCAAGAUUCUCCGAUUUACCUGAACUAAGAGAUCUUAGGGAUUUAUUCCAGGAGAGAUAUGGAAGUUCUCUGCAAUCUUAUGUUAAUCAAAAGUUUGUCGACUUAUUAUCGUCAAAGCCUCCUAGCUUCGAAAAGAGACUACAAUUACUGAAGGAUAUAACAUCAGAGUUUUCAAUUAAGUGGGACUCCAGAGGAUUUGAGCAAAGAAUGGCUAGCCCAUCUCCAGUUGCCCAGGCUCCAUCACCUAAGCAUGAACCUUCUAGGGUUGCUGUGGAUGAAUUUCAUGUCGUGGAUGGGAUUGGUGGUGUUUCAAAGCCAGAUAAACAUAAGGGGAUGUGGGGAUUGGGCAAGGACGGCUACAACAUGCAGAAUGGUAGAGAGUGUGAGAAUUUAGGAAGAAAGGAGUUGGGCUAUAUUUUGAAUGCAAGGAAGGAAAGAAGCAGUAAGGGACACAUAUUUCCAACUGAGAAGGAAAAGAAGGGAGAAAGUACUACAAAGCGAGGCAACGACGAGAAUUUAUUGGAGGCAAGGCAGGAAGUCAUAGUGGAUGAACCCAAAAAUUCAAGUAAAAAAGAUGAUAGUUUACUCAGGGUUGUCAAAGUUGGCUCUCCAUCCCAUAGGAAACAUGAAAACAAUUUUGGUAGUAGAAAUUCUAGUCAAGAAAAUGGGAUCAGCAUUAUACAACCGGAUGAGAAGUUGCGAGCUUUAUCUCACAGAAAGAAUGGGGUGUCACCACAUCGAGAGGUAUUACUAGGGGAGAAUGAUGAUAUCUCAUAUGCUCGUGAGCACGUGAGAAAAAACAAUCUGACAAGCCUAAAAAGGAUAGACACUGAGGAAAAGGAAGAUAGAUCAAAGUUCCACCAUAAUGCUUUACUUCCUCCACCUUACGUGAAACCAAAGAAUAGUGUUCCUCCAUAUGUCAAAUCCAAAGAUAAGCACAAAUCUGUGACAAAAUCUGAGCAAGGAGGAUCUGACCAUAAUGGGUGUUUGGCAGAGCCCGAGUCAUACAACACGGCCAAUGAACAGAACGGGUCACAUUCAAUCCAAAAGAAGCAAAAUAGUGUUGGAGACCAUGGACAACUAGUUGGACCUGCUACACUUGAUCAUGUUCAUCAAACAGAGCUGUAUUACCAGGAUGAUCAUAACUUGCGGAAACAAAGGUCUUCUAGGAGAAAGCAUCACAAAAGCUCAUCUGUAGUUCAUUCCGAAGAAGCUGGAGCUUUAAAGAGAAGUUCCAGGAGAAGGGACAGCUCACGUAAAGGGUUGCAAACCCUGCUUGAUGAUGAACAUUCUGCUAAAUAUGAUGAUGAAAGGGUGAUUGAUAAACUUCUGCUACACUAUAGUAAGAAACCGUCAACUUGUGAUGUGAAAACAUUGAGGAAAGAAUUGCAAGCAAAUCGACAUCAUGAUGCUGGUGAAUCUUCUCAUGCGAGGAAGAGUGAAGGGAGUCAUUUGAGCCUAGAUGAGAAUAUAGCCACUCCUACAAGAUCUAAAUCUCUACCUCGUGAAGAAACAUUUUCAGCUGAGCACAAGAAAAUUUAUACUCGUGCAAAUUCUUUUCAGCCAGACGGUCAGGCUAAGCAUGUCCACCCCAAGUUACCUAAUUAUGAUGAUUUGGCUGCUCGCUUCGCUGCAUUAAAAGGCUUAUAAAGAGCAUUGGAAGCUGAGAUGGUGUGCUUUUAUUCAAUUAGCUCUUCUACAUUCUUUAUAUCUUCUUCUUUGACCUACGAGCAUUUUAGAAUCCUUGCUCUGGUAGUAAUUAUUGAUAUGAGGAGCCUUGCUAUACUCGAACUGUUGCUUGGGUAGAUUAGAUGAAUGAUUGAAGUAACACCACUAGAAAGUUUGUGCAACUGUUUUUUAAGUUUAUGCUAUUGACUUAAUAUACUAUAUCUAUAGAUGAGGUUCCUGAAAAAUACGCUAUUGUAUAAAUAUACCUAAGGAUUCUUUUACAUGACAAUUGAGAUUGAUUUUAAGGUUGGGUUUUUCAAUUGUCAUGAGUGUCCCUGGAAGGUAGUAUCAUUCAAUCUACUUCAAAC